GUUUGUCAUUGUCAUUGUCUUGUCUUUUCCGUUUUCGGCGUUUUCACUAGUCUUUCGUCUUUGUCUUUGUGCUUGUGGUGAAGGGUGAAGUAUAUUUGAUUUGAAUUAUCCAUUCAAAGCUCGGUUUGUAAUACUAAAAUGGUUCUAGGAAUAGUAUAUGUUAUUGUGCCAGUUGUUGUAGUGUUAGGAAUAGUUCGAAAAUAUAGAGAAUAUACUUGGGGUAAAUGUACUGAUUUCAAUUCUUUGGAAGGCAAAGUUGUUCUUGUUACCGGGGCCAAUUCUGGCAUUGGUAAAGAAACUGUGAAAGGAUUAGCUAUCAGGAAAGCUAGGGUAAUAAUGGCCUGUAGAAAUUUAUCUGCAGCAAAAGCUGUAAUUGAAGAUAUUCGUAAAAAUGUUGCUACAGGAGAGUUAAUUCCGAUGAAAUUGGACUUGUCGUCUUUGAGGUCGGUGAAAUCAUUUGCUGAAGAAGUAUUGAAGGAUUUUCCAAACAUUCAUGUGUUAAUAAAUAACGCUGGAGUAAGUGUUCCAGUUACAGAAAGCAAAAAGACUGAGGAUGGGUUUGAAAUUCAUUUUGGUGUAAACCAUUUAGGCCAUUUCUUACUCACUGAUAUACUUCUUGAAAAACUGAAAAAGUCAUCUCCAAGUCGAGUGGUUGUCGUGUCUUCAACCUUGCACCAAAGUGGUGUCAUAGAUUUUGAUAAUUUAAACGGUGAAAAAGGAUUCACCGGCAAGGUGCGAAACCCAGGUUACUGCAACAGCAAGCUUGCCAACGCAUAUUUCUGCCAGGAACUGGCUCGACGAACAGCUGACACCGGUGUAGAAGUGUUUGCUGUCUGUCCAGGUUUCUGCUACACAGGCCUUUUUCGCUACUCCAAAGUCAAAUGGUAUCAAAAAGUGCUGUUUCUUCCGAUUGCUUUCUUCUUUAUGCGCUCAGCUGCUCAGGGAUCUCAAACAGUUCUGCAUUGUGCUGUUUCUGACAGUGUUCUCGGGACAUCAGGACAGUUCUACAGGGAUUGCAAGCCGUACAAGUCAACUCAUAACUUUGAUCCUGAGGUCGGAGUCAAGUUGUGGGAAGUUAGCGAAAAUCUCAUCAGUAAGACCUUACAAACCAAAUAAGUCUGUAAUAAUUCACGCCGGAGUGUAUUUUAAUACAAUCUUUUACUAGUUC